AGUGGUUGAUGCUGCUUACUAUGCUGAUUGCAGUAACAUGUGCUUACACCAGUCUUCUCGUUGCAUGCAAGAAAGAUAAAAAGCCAAAAAUAAAGAAACGAAUAGUUGGAAAGUCAAUAGAGUUUACAUCUCCUGAUUCCUUGAUGCUCUCCCGUCGAAAGGAAAGCGAAUCUGAGCAAUAUUCUGCUUCACAGCCCAGCGAUUCGAAGCCUCCAUGAAAAAAUCGAGAAUAACAGCAGUUUAGCCGUUCUCAGACUUAUUCAUAAGGAAAACAAAUCAAUACUCU